GGCAAACCCCUCGACUACCUGCGCUUCCGUAACCUCUUUGAGUUCACCUACUACACCGGCGACGCCGAUCCUUUCGCCGGCUUGGCCGAGUUGCAGAUCACCAAGUUGGUCUUCUACCGGGGCAAGUUCAAUGAGAACCUCCUCCGCUUGGCCCUGCUCAACGUCCAAAGCUCCCGCGUCCGUGACUUGGAGCUGGUGGCCAUCGACUUUGCCCGCUCGCUGCAAUGGAACAGCUCCGGCGUGGGGGCGGCUGCCCCACCGCUGCAGGACAUCAGCAACCCUGACAUCCUGCGUUUCGACUGGACCUUCACCUGGUUGAGCGGCGUGGCCGCCCUCUCCAUCAUCAACGUCAACUUCAACUACGUCCCCUGCGACGCUUGGGGCGAGCUGCGCAAUGUGGAGGCCUUGGACAUCUCCAGCAACCGGCUGAAAGACGGUUAUAUAUACAACCAACUUUGCCGCUACAAGGGCGUCAUGCCCAAGCUGGAGAGCUUCAUCUUGGCCGUCAACCAGCUCCUGAGCCUGGCCGUGGUGGCUGCCUUGACACGGACCUGGCCCCGGCUCACCCGCCUCAAUAGCUUGGGCACCCUGCGGGAGACGUGCCAAUGGAGUCCCACCUUGCGCUGGCUGGCCCUGCACCACAACCAGGUGACGGUGGGCACCUUCGGGUGCCUGCCCACCACCCUGGAGUACUUGGACCUCUCCUACUCCCAGCUCGACCGCUUGGACAUGGACUACUUCACCCGAAGCCCCCGGCUGCGGGAGCUGCGGUUGAGCGGCAACAAGAUCAAGUUCAUCCCCUCCGAGUGGAGAUGCCCCCGGUUGGAGGUGCUGGCCAUUGACGGCAACUCCUUUGGCGUCAUCAGCUACGGCUCCUUCAUCAACAUGCCGCGGCUCGUUCCGCUGCUGGAUACGGCCGUGGUCACUUACGCCCCGCAGCCCUUGGAAUGCAACGUGCUGGCGCUGGUGGCCGUGGCGGUGGCCAGCACGGUGGUGGCAGUGGUGAUGUGCGCCGUGCUCUGCUGGAAGCUGGACGCCGGUUGGUACCUGCGAGCCACGUACCGCUUGGUGCGUGCCAA